CGUGACGCCACGCCCCUCUCCUCUUGCUCCAUAUAUAAAGAUCGAUCGGGCCGCUCUCCGUCUUUCGCCGCUCUGUGUCGGCCCAGGUUAUCCAAUCCGUCUCCAUCCGCCACCGGCGGGGCGCUCCUGGAUACCGGACAGCCAUGACGGAGCAGAUGACCCUUCGGGGGACCCUAAAGGGUCACAAUGGCUGGGUUACCCAAAUAGCAACUACCCCCCAAUUCCCGGACAUGAUCCUCAGCUCCUCCCGGGGUGAGCUAGCCGUGUAUACCAGCAGCAAUCCCAACACACAGCCCAGCAUCUCAUUAAACAUAAUAUCACCGCAUUAUAUUAUCAUCAUUAUUAUUAUUAUAUCACUGAGUCAUUAUUCAUAUAGGGAAAUGUGUGUCUGUGUGAAAGGCAGGGGUGACUGAUAAACUAUUACAAACACCUAUAAUAAUAUUAUUAUUAUUAUUACUCUCUGAAUAGAAUCUUCUGUGCACACAUUAUAUUAUUAUUAUUAUUAUUAUUGCUCUCUGUGUGAUAUUCAUGGUGCACACAUUAUAUUCUUAUUGCUCUGUGUGAUUAUUCAUGGUGCACACAUUAUAUUAUUAUUCUUAUUGCUCUGUGUGAUUAUUCAUGGUGCACUGUGCACACAUUAUUGCUCUCUGUGUGAUAUUCAUGGUGCAGUAGGAGAUGGGGGGUGUAUAUGGCAAGUGCUAAACAGUCUGGUUCAUUGCAGGAGAGAUUCAUUCAUUGGACACUGUAUUUCCUCAGUGUUUGAAUGUAUGAUCUGGUCUAUAUUAUGGCAGCUUUAUAUGUAAUCUGACUUUAACUGUGAUUAAUGAUAUAGCAGUUUGGCAUAGCUGAUGGUGGUAAUUAAAUUGGUUAAAUCUACAAUUUGUCUAAUUCAUAAACCUGUGUUAGCUUGUAAGAUGCACCCCUCUUGUUCAUUUAGUAGCUUGGUGCAUCAUUAAACUGCACCCACCUGUCACUGCACUACAACUCCUGAUUCUGUAGAUGUCUACUGCAUUCAAAGAACUCUGGGAGGUGUAGGCGAUCAACAUUGGGGUGUGACGCAUAGAUCCCCACUAUAUAGUAUCCUUGACAUUUGUUAUAGCUGGGAAAAUUUUUAAUACUUUGGACCUGUUUAACUUGGUUGCUGACAUUUUACGUUCUAUCUAUAACACCACACCCCUCCUUAUUUAUUCCCUCUAACAGAUAAGUCUGUUAUCAUGUGGAAGCUGACUCGUGAUGAAACCAACUAUGGUGUACCUCAGCGUGCCCUGCGUGGUCACUCUCACUUUGUUAGUGAUGUGGUGAUAUCAUCAGAUGGCCAGUUUGCUCUGUCUGGCUCCUGGGAUGGUACUCUAAGGCUGUGGGAUCUUACUACGUGAGUAUCUGAGAUGCUAGGUCUUGGGAGGGGGAGAUGCAAAGAAAUGGUACCUUACUUUAAAGGCUGACUGUGCAGCUUUGUCAUUGUGCUAAAUGUUUCCCUGCAGAGGUACCACCACAAGACGAUUUGUGGGUCACACCAAAGAUGUCUUGAGUGUUGCUUUCUCCGCUGACAACCGUCAGAUCGUGUCUGGAUCCCGUGAUAAAACCAUCAAGCUGUGGAACACUCUGGGAGUAUGCAAAUACACUGUACAGGUAAGAACUGUAACACCUGUCUGGAUUCAAAAUUUGUUCCCUAUGAAUAGAGAAAAAUAAUCUGGCUGUCUCUUAGAGAUAGCUCCUCCCAAGCUGACACUCCUGCAAUUAUGAUGGGAACAUAAUUAAUUUUACCUCUGCCAAAACAUACAAGCUGAAUAGAAUCUUCUAAUGUGGUUUUUUCUCUUGCAGGAGGAGUCUCAUUCUGAGUGGGUCUCAUGUGUCAGGUUCUCUCCAAACAGCAGCAACCCCAUCAUUGUCUCCUGCGGAUGGGACAAAAUGGUGAAGGUAAGACCAGGACACUGCAUUUAAUGGAAUGUUCUCCUAGAUAGCAGAGGGGUGUUUGAUUGUGGUGGAAGGCAUUAGCUAGUAGAAACCAGUGACUUUAGUUUGACUUUUUUUACUGCAGUGUUGAAUGUGAUUGUUCUCUUCAGGUGUGGAAUUUGGCCAAUUGCAAGCUGAAGACCAACCAUAUUGGCCACAGUGGCUUCUUGAACACCGUAACAGUCUCACCUGAUGGAUCUCUAUGUGCCUCUGGUGGCAAGGUAAGGACAUCAGAUUUGCAUGACUGCAGUUACAUUGAGCUGUUUAAUAUUUUUGGUCACUGUCAUUUAGUCAUGAAACCAAAAUACUAGAAUAUCUUCAUAAACGGCCCAUGCUCAUUAUGUUUGCAUGAAGCAUUUGAAUACUACUGACUUAAUUUUGUCUCCCAAACAUGAUAUAUUUAAUAUGCACUAUUAUAUUGCAUGUAUUGGCGACUUCAAGAGUUUUCCUAUUUCCACUGGUACAGAAAUGCCAUUCACGCAUAGCUAUGUUUGAAUCACAGUGCCACCGUUUGCCUCAUUUAUCAAUGCACUCAUUUUACAACAAAUAGUGCAUCCUUCUCUGCAGUAAAUGUUUUUAGUAUAUUUAAAUUUGCUGAGCUUUAUACUGUCACCAAUCUUUCAUCUUAGAUCUUUUUGUAUCUUUGUGUUAAUGGGUUACUCCAAGCACCAUGACCACUGGAGUGUAUGUUCAGCAUUUUGCUACCCCAUAGCUUAUGGAGGCCACCUCCGGAAGCACCAUUAGCCAGCCCAGAACUAAGUUCCAGGUUGAUGAAUGUCAGUUUUGGCGUCUGCAUGAUGGCUCCAGAUGGGCCAUCUUUAAAGGUUUGCACUAACAAGUGUUUUGUGAAAACUGGGUUUUGGUUUGAGUAAAACUUUAAAGGAGCGCUAUAAUGCCAGAAAAACAAACAUUUUCCUGGCACUAUAGGGUCUUUGUCACUCCCCACCCACCCUCAUGGCCCCCCUCCCGCUGGGCUGAAGGGGUUAAAACACUUACCUUUCUCCAGUGCUGGGGAACUCUCCUCCUCCUGAUGUCAGCGCUAAAUGCGCAUGCACAAGAGCCACGUGCAUUCAUACAGUCCAUAUGGAAGCAUUUCUCAAUGCUUUCCUAUGGAUGUCCAUCUUCACUGACUUUUUUUAUUUUUUUCAGUGAGAAUUGCCGAAGCCCCUUUAGUGGCUCAGUGAGAGCCACUAGAGGCUGGAUUUAACCCAUUUGUAAACAUAGCAGUUUCUCGUGGCGCUGAAGUGGUCUGGGUGCCUAUAGUGGUCCUUUAAAUACCACAAUCUCCUAACAACUUUUGUGAGUUGGGCUUUAAGAGCUGCCUGUUCACUCGGCAUGUCUUUUUUUCAUAAGAUCACUGGUAUUGGAUGGAUACAAUGAAAGUUAUGUAUGUCGUGCUCUGAAAAGUAGUCUAAAGUACUAAAUGUGGGGCACUUGUAAAAAUAAGUGGACCCAGCAGGCACAUUACAUUGGUGACUAAAUUUUUGUUACUUUAAAAAAAAAAAAAAUUUUUUUUAAAGCUGUAUACAUAACCCUCAUGUGCCUUUUCUUGAUCUAUUUUUUUUUUUUUUUUUUUAAAUCUCUCUCCAGUAGUCGAGGCAUGUAUACCAGCACAAGAAUACUUUUAAUUCUUGACAUGUCGCGUGCAUAUUGGUAGCUUGCAAACCACGUUCUUGUAUCUUGGUUUGUGGCUAUACCUCCUUGCUUAUUUAAGUAUGUAGCUCAGAAUUAAGCUACUUUUGUUUGGCAUGGGGAUAUGACUUUUUUUUUUUUUUGUCUUGCUGUUCAGUGAAAUAAUUCUUCUAGUUAGAGCAAUGUUUUGGGGAUGGAUAAUGAGGGGAUCUGGAUGCAGGGUUUGACACUGAAGAGAUAAAUCAAUAGAAAGCUGAGAAGCAAAGACAGGGAAUUUAUAUUGUGCAUUAUGUGAAGUCCUAUCACUAGCACAUUGCGAUGUAACAAUGCAAUGAUUUGUGGACCCGGGACAUACUUGAAAACGAGAGAAAUGUCAAUGUAUCUUUCCUGGUAUGAGGAAUGAGGGUUACAGAAGCAUGAGAUUAUUGUUGUUAAUACGGUGUUAGGGGUUGGUGAGACAGUGGCACAUAUGAAAUGUUGGUAAGUGUGUGUGAAGAGAUGUAUAGAAACAUUGGGGUUGAUGGCCAGCAGCAGAGGGACUGCAAAAUGUUGCAAAAAAAGUCUCUGGCUCCUAGAUUUUAGGAAAAUUGCAUGUUGAUCUGAUUGGGCUGCCUGCAAUCUUCACAUGUCAUGUUGCAAGGAAUGUGUUUACCUUGUGACUGUCUUUUUAUAACUGGUUAAAGCAGCAUUCGUUCUAUAAACAUUCUUCUAAGAUUACUGCAUUUGUUUUAUAAAAUACCAUGCAGUUUAUACACGAGUGUGGACUUUGUCUUGUGGUGGUUUUUGAUAAUUCCAAAACUGAGCUUUAACUGUGCUUCUGCUUGAGGUCUAUUUCCAAACCUUUUCUUACUUAAGGUGUAACAGAUGCCUAUGGCUGUAGUAGUCCCACAGAAUGCAUUGACUUGGUUCUUCAUUAAACUGCUGUAAAAGGGUCGUACCCAAAGAAUUAGUCCUAAGUCCGUUCCUAAGAACGUCAUGCAGCAGAAAUAAAAUGGAAGCCGCUCACUACUUCACAAAGGUAGUCGUGAAUUCAGCACAUGGGACAUGCAUGAAUAGGCUGAUCAUUAGAAAUAUCCAGUUGGCAAGCCCUGGGCCAACAGGAAAGUCUGCUUCAGAAAAACUAAAAGGGCUGUAACAUGUUCCAUUCUGAUGGCUCUAGACUGCUCUAUGUGGGACAAGAAUGCUUGUAGUAGUAUCUGAAAGUUCAAUCUAUCAUAGUCCUAGGCUUCUUGACUGUACAGAGACUUGUCCAUUUCGCAACAUUUUUAGUAACUCAUCCCAGGCAAUGCUUGUAGCUCUGGCAAGUGUGGUGUUUACAACAAGCCAUCUGAGAUGAGGAUUUGGAUAGUCUUUGAGAAAGAGGGUAGGUGUCUUAAAUGUGUCUGGCUGUGUCUUUGGAGAUCUGUGGUAUCUACAGCUUUGUAUAUGGUUUCUUUAAACUUGCAGUAGCGAGUUACGUAUCUUAAAAAAUUAAACUUCUAUGAUGCUGCCAUGCAGCUUGUGAGCGUGUUGGUCUUGCUUGUGCCAGAUAGGUUAAAGGAUUACUCUUGGAAAGUUAAAUGUGUUUGGUUAUGGUGCCUGAAUUCUGUGCCCUAAAUGUGCUGUUUGCAAUAAUCCACAAAACACUUUUGAACUGUUUGACACUUAUAGUACUGUUUGGUCUGUCUGGUCAUACUUUCCUUUUGUAUUAUACCAGCUUGAAACAGUAUUCAUUGGCUGAGAGCCGUUGUUUAAACCUCAUAAGUUGGUGUGAUGCAAAUGUGAGCAUUCACCUUACCAGGCCACGAAUGCCCAACACAGCAAGGUAAGUGUCAUUGUUUAUAAAUGGUGUGACCAAACCUGGGGACUCUUGGCAUCAUAACCACUACAUCUGAAGUUGCCUUGUUUAUACUUGAAAAAUCUGUAAGCAUUUCAGUAAAUCCCUGCUAUAGAGCAUAACGCACUCUCUUGAAGCAAGUUUUAGCCCGAAGCCAUGUAUGUACGAGAUCACACUCUAUAAGCAGAUUCAGAAACUGCUGUGAUUGAUCAAAUUCAUGUAGUAAGAGAUGCCUCUUUAUUCUUUUUUUUUUUUUAAAUACAACCUGGGCACUGUUAACAGUGACUUUAAAUAUUUAAGUCAGUAUUCCAAAGUUUGUCCUUCACUUUCUUAUUGCCAAUGUAUGUUUUGUUUUCUCUUACAAAUUGCACAUCACUUAUGUGUUACACAAGUGGCCACGAAUACUUGCAAUAUUUGGAUUUGGCAAUUUCAACAAUGUUUCUUUUUACGGUCUGUUUUAAUUUGGAUGUAUACGGCUGUUUUGUAUUCCUGUAAUGGUCUCACAGAUCUUUCCAUGUAGGAUGGACAAGCCAUGCUGUGGGAUCUCAAUGAAGGAAAACACCUUUACACUCUGGACAGUGGAGAUAUCAUAAACGCUCUGUGCUUCAGCCCCAACCGUUACUGGCUAUGUGCAGCCACUGGGCCCAGCAUCAAGAUUUGGGUAUGUAUGAUCCUCCUAUUAGAGUAGUUAACACCAGCUUUCCGCACAGUGAUGUAUUCAAUCUAUGCCAACUGAUAUUUUACUGAUGAGUCUCAGAGGCUGUUACUGAGUUGUUGUCUUUGGUUUUUGCCUAUUUUAAACUAUUCUGAACUAUUUUGACUAGAUCUUUAUUUUUUUUUUUACCCAGGAUCUGGAGGGCAAGAUCAUUGUGGAUGAGUUGAAACAGGAAGUGAUUAGCACCAGCAGCAAAGCUGAACCACCACAAUGCACCUCUCUUGCCUGGUCAGCUGAUGGACAGGUAAGUGUCUUUCCUAUACCUGCUUGCUUUUGAUGUUUGUUUGUAUCUCAUGAUUCCAGCUUACACACGAAGGAAAAAAUUACAGUAUAUUUUGUAGAUUCAUUUUACAUAGUAUUAAAUUGGUAUAGAGGUAGAACUUACAAAUAUGGUUUGUUAAAAGGUUGCCAGUGCAUCUGUACUCUCUCACAAUACAGACUAUACAGCUACAUUAUGGAACUGCAUGGAUUAAAGUGAAGCUUACAACACUGACCUAGAUCAAAUCGGCAUUUAAAUAAGCUAUUUAAACUAUAUAAAUCUAGUGGCAGUGGGCAGACAUUCUAAUUAUUCUUAAUGUAACCUGCUCAUUCUCCUCAGUUUAUAACUCGCUCAUCCUUGUACUCGGUUUUUCUCUAGACUCUCUUCGCUGGAUAUACAGACAACCUUAUCAGAGUAUGGCAGGUCACAAUUGGUACCCGAUAAUUGCCCGGACAACCUGAAGACCAAGUGUAGCAUGGAAUCUGUUCAAUGUCACGCUCGCAGAAUUCUUUAUUCUAUAAACUUGAUAAAAACUGUCCAUUGUCUGUUUUUGUUUUUUGUUUUAAUUAGUUUUUUUGUUUAAAAAAGAAAUACAGAACACACAAUCUCCAAAAAACACUUAUAG